UGACUAACCCCGAUCAAAGGCAACACUUGCGAGUGUUUAUCGUUCUUUUUAGGAAAGCCUUGGCGAAAAAGGAAGAAACAAACUACGAACUUGCCCCCCAGACAUCUAGCACUGCAUCAUGACAUCCGACCGACCUGUUGACUAUGUUAUUGUUGGGCUGGGGAACCCGGACGCGGACUAUGUAACGACGAGACACAAUGUCGGUUUCAUAUUCUGCGACUACCUGGCAAACUGUAUCGCCAUGCAAACCGCCCUCUUGGAGCAAAUGCAGGCAGAAGACUCUGCCGCCACAGGAGCACAGUCAAAGAAGGAUACGCCGGUUACCAUCCCAUCCAAUUAUGUGACACCAAAGUUUGUUCGGAAAGGCGACGUGGUCGCCGAUGUGCACGAUGUGAUUUUCAAGCUGGCCCCUGACGAUGUGUUCCCGUCUCAGACCGUGGCAGCACGCGCAUCUGGAAAGAAGGGAGAGUUGAGGACAUUCCGCCUGCUACUGGUGAAACCACUAACAGGAAUGAACAACUCUGGGCUCGCUGUAUCAAAGAUCAUCUCAACGUAUGGUAUCAAGAACCCUGGCAAGCAGCUCAUUGUUGUAUUCGACGACAUGAACACACUUCAAGGGUCGAUUGCAGUCCAAAACGGCGGUGAUCUUCGCGCAGUACAAGGUCACAAGGGCGUGGAAAGCAUUGCUGCGUACCUGAAAACAGGAGACUUUAUCCGCUUCCGUAUCGGAAUUGGCCGCCCCGCCGCAAACAUCCCUGUCACAUCCUAUGUCCUCUCGUCCUUUGAAAAGGAAAACAAGGAGAUGGAUUACCUCGGCCAUGCAUUGGAUUUGACAGCCCAGGCCUUGCAAUUCUUUGCUGCAACAGCUGAUAUCAAGGAGACCAAGAAGAAGUUUGCGAAUAGCAAAAAGUUGCCAAAGAAUCUACGAAAGAUGGAAGGGCUUGUCUUCCCCAUUGAAAUAACUGGAGCAUAGUCACAAAUGAAAGGGCUUUUCUGCCCUGUUGAGAUAUCUGAAGCAUAGAGAGCUAGUAUCUAUGUAGCCUGUCUGGUAGCCGUGGGAC